GGAACCUCUCUUCCUGUUUGUAACCUCGUCCCCCGAGUAUCAUGGCGACAAGGUCAAUCUUGGUUCUUCACGGGUAUGCGCAAAAUGCAUCAAUCUUCAGCAAGCGUCUAGGAGCUCUUCGCAAGCAAUGUGGGAAGGAUAUUGACUUGGUCUUCGUCGACGGACCACACAUUCUCCAACCUGUGGAUCUACAAUUCAACACGGCUUCCGUAGUACAAUCAACGGAAAGUACACUUUCUGCGUUCGGCGCAUCGGAAGCCAACAACUCCGAGGAUCCAUCUCUCACCCUUCGAGGGUGGUACAAAGCGAAUCAUGACAGAACAAAAGCUAUCGGGCUCGAGGAUUCGCUAGUGGUUCUCAGAGAUAUCCUCAAGGAGAGAAAGUUUGAUGGUGUUUUGGGAUUCAGCCAAGGAGCAGCGCUAGCCGCCUUCCUGUCAGCUCUUCUAGAGAAACCUGAAGCUUAUCCUCGAUUUCUCAUUGACGGAGAAGCCCCACAUCCUCCGCUCCAAUUCUGUAUCUCCGUGGCAGGCUUCAAGAUAGCUGAUCCACUUUCGGAUAUCGUAUACAACCCAACUUAUGCCACUCCAACGCUGCACGUCCUUGGCAGGACGGACAUUAUAGUCACCGAGGAACGGGCGAAUGGACUGUUGAAAGUUUCGGCGAAUAAACGAAUCGAAGGUCAUGAUGGCGGGCAUUUUGUACCCUCAAAAACUAGCUGGCGCAAAUUUCUCGUCGCUUAUUUACGCGACCCUCUGGGCAAUGUACCUUCACCCAGUAACAUUUCCUCAACCCCGAAUUCCGGGACCGCAACUCCCGCUGCUACGGACUGAGAAUAAUAUGUGAUUGCAAAGAUACAAAUGUUGUGCUAAUACAUAUCCAAUAACAUAGAUCCUACAAAACGAUUCUGUUGACUACAAAUUGAGU